CAGUCUGUAGGAACUGUUCCACUUGGUGUGUCCGUAAUUCGAAAAAAAGAUGAUGAAGCAUCAGUUGGAAGUGCACCUUUAGCAAGGCAGCAAUCAAAUCAAGCCUCUGAGUAUGCCAGCAGUCCUGUCAAAACAAAAACAGUAACAGAAUCUCGUCCUUUGUCACUUCCUGCAAAAACCAUGCUGAACUCAUCUGAAAGCUGCAGAAGUCCUGAAGAAAGAAUGAAGGAAUUUAUUGGAAUAGUGUGGAAUGCAGUUAAGUGCCUUACACUUCAGCUUGAAGUGCAAUCUUGUUGUGUAUUCCUUCCAAAUGAUAGCCUGCCUUCCCCAAGUACUAUUGUAUCGGGUGACAUUCCUGGGACUGUGCGAAGCUGGUACCAUGGGCAGGCCAGUAUGCCUGGCACACUCGUCAUCUGCUUGCCCCAGAUAAAGAUAAUGAGCGCUGGACACAAACACAUGGAACCAUUGCAGGAAAUCCCGUUUGUUUUGCUGAGACCCAUCCUGGAAGAAGGUGAUGCUUUUCCAUGGACUAUUAGUCUGCAUCAUUUCAGUAUAUAUACUCUUCUUGGAAAACAGAUGACACUUAAUUUAGUGGAACCGAUGGGCUGUACUUCUACUUUAGCUGUUACUUCACAGAAACUGCUUGCUUCAGGGCCAGAUUCCAGACACUCGUUUGUUGUCUGCCUCCAUGUUGACCUUGAGUCCCUUGAAAUAAAAUGCUCCAACCCCCAGGUGCAGCUUCUUUAUGAACUGGCUGAGAUUACAAGCAAAGUUUGGAACAAAAUUCAGAGGAAAGGAGUUCUGUAUCAAUCUUCUGUCUAUACUGAAACUAUGACAGGGCCUGCUCCUCCUAGCUCUCCAGUUAAAAGUAGUGUUGGUACUGCUCCACCAGAUACCAGCACAUACAGCCCAUCUGCUGACAUUGGGACUACUACAGAGGGUGAUUCUCUUCAGGGUGGUGAUGAUUCUCCAUUCUCAGACUCCAUUACAUUGGAACAAACAACAAGUAAUAUCGGAGUCUCAAGUGGACGUGUCAGCCUAUGGAUGCAGUGGAUGUUGCCAAAAAUUACUGUAAAAUUGUUUGCUCCCGAUCCUAGAAAUAAUGGCACAGAAGUUUGUGUUGUCAGUGAAUUAGAAGAUCUCAGUGCCUCAGUGGAUAUGCAGGAUGUGUAUACCAAAAUCAAAUGUAAAAUAGAAAGCUUCAAUAUUGACCAUUACAGAAACAGCCUUGGGGAAGAUUCUUGGUCUCUGGGGCAAUAUGGAGGUGUGUUCCUUUCCUGUACUGACAAGCUGAACAGACGUACUUUGUUGGUUCGACCCAUCAGCAAGCAGGACCCUUUCAGUAAUUUCUCUGGCUUCUUUCCCUCUACAACUGCAAAACUUUUAGAUGGCUCACACCAACAACAUGGAUUUCUUUCUCUCACUUAUACUAAAGCUGUGACAAAAAAUGUCCGGCACAAACUGAUAUCAAGAAAUGAGCGAAGAACAUUCCAUAAGCUAUCAGAAGGUCACACUGAUGGUUCUCCUCACUUUCUUCAUGAGAUCCUUCUGUCUGCUCAGGCCUUUGAUGUGGUCCUCUGUUUUCCUUUGCUUAAUGCGAUUGCAAGCAUUUUUCAAGCCAGGUUGCCACGGAGUCAAAAGGAGAAAAGAAAAUCAGCAGGCCAACCUAUGAGGACUCAUGCUCUAACAUCCCGCAACUUGCCUCUGAUUUAUAUCAACACUGGUGUAAUAAGAGUCUUCUUUCCCAAAAAUGAGGAAGAUCGUCAUACUGCAGAAGCUACAACUAAUCCAGCAAUUAAAGAAGACACUUUGGUUCUCAAGAUUGGAUCUGUCUCUAUGGCUCCUCAGGCUGACAACCCUCUUAGUAGAGCUGUGCUCAGAAAAGACAUUUAUCAGAGAGCACUGAAUCUAGGAAUACUUCGAGACCCUGGAUCAGAGGUUGAAGACAGGCAGUAUCAAGUAGAUCUUCAAUCUAUAAACAUUGGUACUGCUCAUUGGAAUCAGUUGAAACCAGAGAAGGAAAAUGGAAAAGGAGGGGUUUUGACAGAGAAUGAAAGAAAUUCGCAAAAUCCAGCACUUGAAUGGAACAUGGCCAGUAGCAUAAGAAGGCAUCAGGAAAGGAGAGCAAUUUUAACUCCAAUUUUAACAGAUUUCACAGUUCGAAUAACUGCAGCUCCUGCGAUUAUUUUUACAAAAAUUGAUGCUGCGGAGAAUUUACACCCAGAGGAAAUUUUGGUGUGUGGUCAUUCUUUGGAGGUGAAUGUGACAACAAACCUGGAUUUCUUCCUCAGUGUGGCACAAGUGCAACUUCUUCAGCAGCUAGUAGAAGCCAAUAUGAUUGGACUGGAACCUUGCAGUAGCACCACUGAG